UGUGGAAGUUUUCUCUUGAGAAGUCUCCCCAAAAGGGGAAGGUGGCUCCCCUUUUCCCAUUCCACGCGGUGUCUUGAGGAAGUGCUGCUCCUCACCACCUCAUACGCAGCACAGAGCUGCUGGCAAACUUCCCUGCUGAAGCAAGGGGAAGUCGCUUAGAAAUUGCAUUUAUGCGGUAAUGUAUUUGUGUUACAAUAUAUGUGUCCAGCUCUUCUUGAGAAAUUCACUGUGAUUUUUUUUUUCUGCUGGCUGUAUUGCAGCACCUUUAGAAAAUACACCUCAUCACUUCUGCAGUCCUGUUCUCCAAGUUGCCUGCAAUCAUCUCUUGCAAGCUGGAAAUGAAAAUAUACUUUCUGUCUCUCCUUUUAUCUCAUGGAAGCCAGUAACAGGGACAUGUACGGGCCUGGAUAGGUGGGUCGCCGUGCCGUGCAGCCAUGCAGCCGCCGUGCCCCCGCGGGACCCUGCCCGGGGCUGCCUUCUUCCUCCUCCUCCUCCUCCUCUGCCUCCUCCCGCUGCUCUGCGGGGCCCCCGAUGUUUCAAGGGGAAAUAAGCUUAAAUUGAUGCUUCAGAAACGUGAAGCCCCUGUUGCCACGAAGCCUGAGGUGUCAGUGAAAGAAACAGCGGCCAAGGAGUUUCUAAGCAGCUUAAGACGCCAGAGGCGCCAGCUGUGGGACAGAAGCCAGCCCGACGUGCAGCAGUGGUACCAGCAGUUCCUGUACCUGGGAUUCGAUGAGGCGAAAUUUGAAGAUGACAUGUCCUACUGGACAAGCUUAGGGCGUGCUCGUAACGAAUACUAUGGUGGAUACUACCAACACCACUAUGAUGAAGAUUCACCAAUUGGCCCACAAAAUCCACACACCUUCAGGCACGGAGCAGGUGUCAACUAUGAUGAUUACUGAUGCCAUUUGUCCUACUACAGCUGCUGCCUAUAGGGCUGCACUGGGUGAGGCUGAGUCUUCCCUCAGUCAGAAUGACCCUGCUUUCCUUCUGUCCGUCUGAAACAGCAAGAGUAAAAGAACUGCCAGACUCUGAAGAAAGCAACAUGUCUUUUUUAUUAUUGUUACUUAGUAGUACACUAUAUAUGAAGUGUUAUAGAAAUCAAGCUUUUUUUGAUAAAAUAAACAGGUUGCCAUUAUUUAGUAGUUUGUAACAGUGAGUUUCAUUCCAAUUGUGUUGCUACAAAUUCUUUUUUUAACGGGCUUUUUCAUUUGCUUUUCUAGGAUCAAUUGCAAAAUUACAUUGUAUCAUCUAGUUUGGCUGUAGAAUACACAAUAUAAGCCAAUACAUUUCAGAUGUGCCUCCUCGUUCAGAUUUGUGUC